AUGGAAGAUAUAAAGCAAUUUUAUUUUGAGGGCUCACAUGAGCAAGUUAUCGACUCAGUUGAUAGUUCAGCACUGGACACGCUCCAAGAUCGCAUUAAUCUCAUUUACUCUGUGAGAUCUCAUAUCGCUCUUCAGAAAACUUUGCCAUAUAUCCACCCUGAAGCCAUUGAAUCACACAUAGAAUUGCGGGUUUUGGACGCAUAUACCAACUACAUCACCGCUAAAGAACAGACAGAAUCUUUGGAUAUCCUCAGGGACUGCUUGAUAGAGCUUGAGUCUGAGGAGCAUCCGUUUAAAGGUCUUCUCAGUGUUUUGGCUGCCUCAGUCUUCUGGCAGGGUGGUGAAAUCGAAGAGGCGCUCUCAACUUUAGGCGCAGGCCAAGGUGUAAAAGAUGUAGAAUGCGUAGCUCUUCUUAUACAGAUCUAUAUCACCAUGAACAGACUCGAUUUGGCGAAGAACGAGUACCAGCACGCUCGUACAUGGGCUGAUGAUAAUUACCUCAUUCAGCUGUCUGAAGCUUGGUUGGGCCUUGCUGGUGCAUCCACAUCCGCGAAUAUUGGUUAUGAACAUGCUUACUACAUUCUCGAAGAACUCCCAGAUAGAGAGAAGCCAUACAAUAAAUUACUCAGAGCGAUAGCUCACGCAGCACUCAGUCACUUUGAUGAGGCGCAGGUUGAGCUUGACGCUCUCAGUCUAGAUGACGAAAACACGCUGACUAACACCAUUGUCAUUUCCACACACUUGAACAAAGAUACCAAGACGCUGAUUGAUAAACUGCGCUCUAUUAACUCAAACAACCCUCUUAUAAAAGGAUUAGAUGCAAAGAGCAACGAAUUUGACAGUCUAUCAAAGCAAUUUAUGUAA